UUUCCACAGCCAUCACCUGUUUGGGACAAGAGAAAAAUAAAUAAAGCCCAAAGCCAAACGUUUCUAACCUCUACGCUAUUCGUUCUUCCCUCUACAUUAGAAAGAAAAUUUACGAUAUCAAACAAUUUUCCACAAUAAUCAUUAAUCACAAAAUCCUGGUUCUAUAUUUUUUCUACUGGAGACUUUUUGGGGAUUUUUUUUUCAAUCGUCAUGGCCAACGAAGAACAACAACGUUAACAUCACCAUCGGCAUGGUCGACUAUAAAAGGCGUCGACCUUAAAAUUCUCGAAAGUUCGGAUUUUUAAUUGCAUUUUGUUUUUGGUUUCUAUGCUUGUUUUUCCUUCCCUUUAGGGUUAGAGUUACUUUUCAAUUGGAGCCUAAUUUUGGUGUUGUAAUCUUUCCUUAAUAGUCUUAUUAUAAGAAAAAAAAAGAUUAACUUUUUCUUUUGUAAUUUCAGUUUCAGUUUUGGUUGUAUCCUACCUAAUACUCUACAAUCAGCAAUUAUUUGAUUCUUACCUCUCCAUUUAUUCCUUUUUAUUUUAUGUAUCUUAGGAAGAAAAGAAAAACAAAAAUUGUGAAAAAAGUAUUAUCAAUAAAAUUUUGAUUAAUUGUUAUUGGUUGCCAAAAAAAAAAGUGAGAGUCGGAGUGAGAAAAAGAAAGAAAUUGUAAAAAUUAAGAACAAUGGGGAGUCCUGGAUUGGGAAAUAGAAACAGUGGGCAAAAAUUAGGUAUCACGGAACCUAUUUCGUUGGGUGGACCGACUGACUACGAUGUGAUUAAAACCCGAGAGCUGGAAAAGUAUUUGCAAAAUGUGGGAUUGUAUGAGAGUCAAGAGGAGGCUGUUAGUCGAGAGGAAGUACUGGGGAGGCUAGACCAGAUUGUGAAGAAUUGGAUUAAAGCAAUAAGCCGUGCAAGAGGUUUGAAUGAGCAAUUGGUUCAAGAAGCAAAUGCUAAGAUAUUCACCUUCGGUUCUUAUCGUUUAGGGCUGUUAAUGAGGUGGAGGUGGUAUCUUCAAGCCACUAUUGAUGUGCAUGGCCCUGGUGCAGAUAUAGAUACACUUUGUGUGGGACCUAGACAUGCAACACGAGAAGAGGAUUUCUUUGGUGAGCUACACAAGAUGCUAUCAGAGAUGCCUGAAGUAUCAGAAUUGCAUCCUGUGCCUGAUGCUCAUGUCCCAGUCAUGAAAUUCAAAUUCAAAGGAGUUUCCAUAGAUCUUCUUUAUGCAAAACUCUCGCUUUGGGUUAUUCCUGAAGACUUAGAUAUUUCACAAGACUCUAUAUUACAAAAUACGGAUGAGCAGACAGUUCGGAGUCUUAAUGGUUGCAGAGUCACUGACCAAAUUUUACGGUUGGUUCCAAAUAUUCAGAAUUUCCGGACAACUUUGAGAUGCAUGAGGUUUUGGGCAAAACGUCGUGGUGUUUAUUCUAAUGUUGCUGGUUUUCUUGGUGGUAUAAACUGGGCAUUGCUUGUUGCUCGUAUAUGCCAGCUAUACCCUAAUGCUCUGCCCAAUAUGUUAGUUUCUCGAUUUUUUAGGGUUUAUACCCAGUGGCGUUGGCCAAACCCAGUCAUGCUUUGUGCUAUCGAGGAAGGAUCUCUUGGUCUUCAAGUUUGGGAUCCCCGAAAAAAUCCAAAAGAUAGAUAUCAUUUGAUGCCCAUAAUUACUCCUGCUUAUCCUUCCAUGAAUUCUAGUUACAAUGUGUCAUCGAGUACUUUGCGAAUAAUGACAGAUGAAUUUCAGAGGGGUAGUGAAAUUUGUGAGGCUAUGGAGGCAAACAAAGCUGACUGGGAUACCCUUUUUGAGCCUCAUGCUUUCUUUGAAGCCUACAAGAAUUAUCUACAAAUAGACAUCUCUGCAGAAAAUGCUGAUGAUUUGAGAAAGUGGAAAGGCUGGGUUGAGUCCCGUCUCCGUCAACUUACGUUGAAGAUUGAAAGAUACACGUAUAACAUGCUUCAGUGCCAUCCACAUCCUGGUGAUUUUCAAGACAGAUCUAGGCCCUUCCAUUGCAGUUACUUUAUGGGUUUGCAACGCAAACAAGGAGUUCCAGUAAAUGAAGGUGAACAAUUUGAUAUAAGGUUAACUGUUGAGGAGUUUAAACACUCUGUUAAUGUGUACACUUUGUGGAAGCCUGGAAUGGAAAUCCGGGUAACCCAUGUAAAACGUAGGAACAUACCUAACUUUGUAUUUCCUGGUGGUAUCCGGCCCCUUCGUCCAUCUAAAGUAACCUGGGAUAGUAGACGGGUAUUGGAUACAAAAGCUUCUGGCCAUGCUGGAUCAGACAAGCAGGGUGAAGUUAAAGGAGUUGCGGAUGGACAGGAUGAUGGAAAGAAGAGGAAGAGGGUAGAUGACAAUGCAGAUGCUCAAUUGAGAAACACCAAAUAUGUUAAUGCUGUGCCUUCUUCUAGUCCAGAAGUUCAUGUGGGUAGUCCUGUCAGCGCUGUGAGUUCUUGUUCCACGAAAGGUGACCAUUCAAAUGCAACAGGAUUGACUGAACCAACAAGGGAAAAAGCUGAGAACAAUAUGACGAAUGGCUUAAUAAGUUCAAGAAGUGUGGAAGAGCUUUCUUCUCAUAAUGGUGAGGUUGAUGGAUCACUUAGAUGUGUUCCUUCAAAUAAGGGUUUUAUUGUGACUGCUGAUGCAUCAAGCUCUAAAGAGGCAGAGAAGUUGGCAAUUGAGAAAAUAAUGUCUGGUCCAUACGUCUCCCACCAAGCUUUUCCACAAGAACUUGAAGAGCUUGAAGAUGAUCUAGAAUUUAGGAACCAGGUCAGAUUUGUGGGGAACACUAAUAGUGGCCUCGUGGAAUCUUCAAUGCCAGAUUCAGCAGGAGCAGCUCUAGUACCAUCAAGCAAUGGAGCUGGUCCUUCCACCAGUUUACUUGCUAGCUGGGGUAUAGAGGAGUUAGAGCCUGUGGAACUUACUGCAUCCAUAUCAAUCCCAUCUGCGCCUGUGGUUCAGAGGAAGCCACUAAUAAGAUUGAACUUUACUUCCUUGGGGAAGGCUUCUGAUAAAAGUGGGUAAAGGGGUUAGUGAAGGUGGCGUGAGAAAGGUUUUAUGUAUGAUUAAUGAAGUUAAUUCUUCGCUUUAGUACCUUCCAUCCUCUUUGUAACUGUUAAGAUUUAUAGUUAAAUAAAGAAAUUUUGAGUUUUUAAAAAAUCUAGCUUUGACUUUUUGUAAAUGAAAUGUAGACGAGAAGCUGGAAACCUAGUUGCUAAAUACCAGUUGAGCUCUCGAGCAGAUGUUUUAUUGUUUGACCUUUUUUUAAUAAUGCAAGAGCAAUCAUUGCCAAUGAUACCAAUAAUUAUGUUUUGAUAUUU